GGAGACUUUAUUCCGUCUGCUUCACGAGGAGCUUUUCGAGAAUAGAGCAAUCCAUCUGAAGGUAUGAAGGAUCUUCCGGCUCAAUAGAUUGAUGGGAGCCAGUGUUUUUCUCGAUAGCUUCAAAAAUGUUUCGGCGUUGAAGACGGCCCGAUACAGCUAAGCGAUCGGUUCCCGACGAGACUGGUUUGCUAACUGGCGGAACGGCUAUCAAGAUACGGAAAACGAUCGCUCGACUAACCCAGCGGCUCAUCAGCAUUUAAUUCUCAGCGAUUGUUGUGAGCGGAACCGCCGCACUCCAAAUCAAUAGCAACCAUGUUCGGGGCUCCAUCCUCGCUCAACAACAAGAGCACUUUCAGUUUCAAUAAUUCAUUCGGAGGGAAAACAGCCGGCGCGACGAAUAAUCCUAUGAAAGACUUCGAGGUCCCCUCCCCUCCGGACGACACUGUGAGCGGCUUGGCUUUCAGUCCAAUAUCCCUGACCCAGAACUUUUUAGUCUCUGGGAGUUGGGACAAUCAGCUCAGAUGCUGGGAGGUUCAUCACAGUGGUCAGAGCGUGCCCAAAGCUCAGCAAAGUCAUCAGGGUCCAGUCCUCGACGUAGCCUGGUCGGACGACGGCAGCAAGGUGUUUUCCGGUUCUGUGGACAAAACAGUGAAGAUGUGGGACCUCAAUUCGAACCAGUGCGUACAAAUAGGCCAGCACGACGGUCCUGUGAAAACCGUUCAUUGGAUCAAGGCAUCGAACUAUCAAUGCGUCAUGACCGGUAGCUGGGACAAGACUCUGAAAUUCUGGGACACCCGUUCCGCCAACCCCAUCAUGAGCAUAACGUUGGCAGAACGCGUGUACUGCGCCGAUGUAUUUUACCCGAUGGCUGUCGUUAGCACGGCGAAUCGAGGCAUCUUCGUCUACACUCUCGAAAAUCAGCCUCGCGAUUAUAAAGCCGUCGAAUCCCCGCUCAAAUACCAGCAUCGAUGCGUCUCGAUCUUCGCUGACAAGACGAAGCGCGAUCAGCCGGUGGGUUUCGGCCUCGGGUCGAUAGAGGGUCGCGUCGCCAUAAACAACGUGAACACGAACAAUCCCAAAGACAACUUCACCUUUAAAUGUCAUCGUACCAACUCCACGAACACAAAUGGAUACCAAGAUAUCUACCCUGUCAAUGAUAUCGCGUUCCAUCCAGUUCAUGGCACGCUUGCGACAGUUGGAAGCGACGGCAAAUUCUCCUUCUGGGAUAAGGACGCACGAACCAAACUCAAAACCUCCGAACAGAUGGACAACUCGAUCACUCGGUGUUGCUUCAACGCUCGCGGAGAGAUUUUCGCCUACGCCGUCGGAUACGAUUGGUCGAAAGGACACGAGUACUCGAACAGCCAACAGAAGAACUACAUCUUCCUACACCCGUCUUUUGAGGAGCUCAAACCGAGGCAGACGGCGAAAAAAUAGAUCGAACACCAACGGAAACCCCAUCAUGAGGACCUCCGAUCGUUAGAGGUCUUCCCCGAGCGGACCUCCGCUCGGAAUGUACCACAACUUUCCUCUCCCCCUAUCAGCGCGAGAAAAAAUCGCGACCGAUUUUCACUUGCUAUGAAAAUCGUCGAUUUCCAUUUGUCAGCGAUCGGUUUUGUCGUGAAACCAUUCUCUGCGAGGAGCGAUUGGAUCUAUUAAGGAGUCGAAAAUUAGAAUGCCCCUCCCGGAGGAAAAAAGAUCGCAUUGAAUGGAAAAACGCCACAGUGUAGAUAACCCCCUCGAGAUAAUGAGGAACCUCGAAGCGCAUCCAGCAUAUCCCGGAAUGAAGGAAGGCAGGGCACGGUCUCGACGUUGACCGUAUGAGUCGAAACUUGUACUGAGGCGCGACGAGAACGGAUCCUAGCUCGAAGUAUCUCUUUCGCUGGACUCCUGUCUUUGUUUGUGAAGGAUUCGAGCGUGCUCCCUCGUCUGAUUGUUUCACCAGAUAUUUUAAGUUCUAAGCGCGUCUCUGAAACAACAGACCCUCAGAUGUUGGAUGUGAGCAUGCGAAUGGAAAUAAAAAA